GCGAUUGCUGUGUUGUGAGAGACGUGAACUAUUACAAGUUGACGGGCAACCAGUUGAAAGCGCUGCUACUCUACUGCGAACAGGACUCCACGACUACCGCGACAGGCCACCGCUUUCUCGCUGCUCAAGCCAUUCUCGGCAGGAAGCUCAUUUGCACCGAACUGCACGACGUCAUGGCCAAAGUGGCCGAGCUUAGUAUCAACUCGCAUCUCGACCAUGUUAGGCUGCAAGCCAGACAGAUAAUUCAUCAAUUUCUCACCACCUACCAAUUGGGUAAAAAAUUCGGCAAGCAUUUGAAUUUUUACAUCACAAAUUUGGAUUACAAUUUUCAACCAGGCCGUGAGUCAGCUCUUGAAUUGAUACACUCACUCAUCACAACUGUUCCAAAGGAGGUGCUAAAGAAGCAUUACGGCGUUAUAUUUGUGCCGGUGACGGCAUGCCUGGUGAAUGAUGACUCGCCAGAGUGCCGGCAGAAGGCGGCCCAAGUGGUGACGUCACUGCUCGACAACCUCCACCACAAUGCGGUCGACAAGCUGUUCGACAUUGUCACGCUUUGGAUGCAGGAGAAACAGAUAGGACACAGGCGAUUGAGUGUACAGGUGUGUGGACUGUUCAUAUCGUUCGAGAAAGAGCGCUUCGAGAAACGGUUGCCCGCUCUCAUGGAGACCAUUUUGGACCAGUUCAGUGGCUCCUUCAGGGACGAUUCGGUCGGCAAGUACGUGCGCCGGAAACCGGCCUGUGACGUCACAGAUGGCGCCGAAAACGAGGCGGAUGACGUCAGCAAUAUGGCCGACCACCAUCUCUAUCAGCUGCUCAACAUGCUGGUGAAAAUCGCCUCGUUUUGUCCCAAGUUCCUCAAAGAUCCGGCCUACACACAAUACGUGGAAACUAUAUCAGAGAACGCGCAGAAGCUGUUGUCACACCCGCACGAGUGGGUGCGUCUGGCGGCGGCCCAGUUUCUGAGCAGAGUGAUCGCGCAGCUGCAGCCAGCUGAGAUAGCCGCCAUUGCCAACGGAGAGAGAGAGGAGACAGCCGGCUAUCUGCGCAACAGCACGCGUGCGCAGCUCAAGGCAUUCGCGUUGGACCACUGCAAUCAGCUGAUUCCUGGCGUUGAGUUGCACGACAAGUUCCUUAUGCAGUGUAUGAAAAACUUGGUGUUUGUGGGCGAAGUACUGAAAGACGUGGUGAAUGUGGAAGACGAGCAACUGUUGUCUCUCUCUUGGCUGAUCAGGGUGAUGAGGAAAUCGAUUCACGUCGAAAUAGCCAAAAUGCCAUCGUCAACUGUUGUUAGAAAGAUGGUGUUCCACUGGAUAGCAGCGAUUGCGUUGAAGCUGGACAAAGAGGCAUUGCAGCCGAUUCUCAACCACAUGCUGGCGCCGCUGGUCAGGGAAUUGAAUGUGGCCGACGAUGGGGGCGGCAGCGGAGGCGGUAGUGGGGGCGGUAACGGAGGUGUUGACCUGAGGCAGAUCGCCAAGGAGGCGGCAGUCUAUGUGCGGCGAAAAAUCGGCGCCGAAGACUAUAACCGCCUGGUGGCCAAUCUCACUACUAGGCUGGACGUGCGACGCGCCGAACGCAAGAAAGAGAGAGCUCAGUUGGCUGUGACAGAACCUGAACUAGCCGCCAAGAAGAAGAUUUUGAAACAACAGAAAAAGAAAGAACAAAAGAAGAGGAAAAUAGCGUCGUUUAAAGGCAAGAAAGGCAUAAUAAAAAGGCGGAAAAAGAGUGUUGGAGAUGUUGAGAUUACGUAGAUUAGUAUACUAAAAAUUUGUUUUUAAGUUUGAGAAAUUCAAAUAUAUUUCAUUUAAUAAUGUAAUGUUAAUGUAAUAUGAAAUGUAAAUAUAUUUUUAUUUUUUAAGUAAA